GUUUCGCAAGGGAAGCACGCGCAGAAGAGCGGGACCUUUAUUUCCUCCUCCUCCUAUCUCUUUCCCUCAGCCUCUCCCCCCGUUUCCCAUCCUUCCCGAGAAACAUCGCCUCCUGGCAGUUUUCUCAGCAGUUGUGCCAGCGGUCGUGCUCGGUUUUACGAGCCGCCCACUGUAUCGCGUCCCACCUUUUACCUUCCUGCAUCGUAGAGAAGCUUGAGAGCAUCGUCUCUUUUUUUUUCCCCUGAUAUCUCUCCCUUUUUGCCUAAUUUCAACACCACGCUCAGCUGCUCCUCCUCUCAAGGCGAGACGACGACGAAAAGGAGUCGCAGAAAACGAAGACGAUAGAUCGACGGUUCCUGCGCGUGCGGCUCCCUCGCCCCAACGUCGAAAGGACGUAAGCUGCUGGAUGAAGGGAGAAUGAAGCGUCCGGCGUGUGGGCGACGUUGUUGGCUGGGAGGCGCGGUAGUGGCCGCUCGAAUCGCGCCGCCGUGUGACCGUCAGCAAGGCGCGCGGUGCAGGCGAGUGUGAGCGCGCGCGUGCGUGGGUGUGGCGUGGCGAACGACGACCGAGGGUGCGUGCGUGGGAAGAACAGUCUCGCUGUUUGCGGCGCCGCCAGUUUAGCGAUACCUCCCGUCCAACGGCCACGGCUUAAACCGCGUGUCCUGUUCUUGGCUCGCUGUGUUUAUACCGGCGACCAUGGAUAAAAGUGAGAAGAAGCCGAUGCGCUUCUCGUUCCGGCGCCGUCCCAAGAGCGUCAGCGUGGACCGAUCCGAGCCGCACAUCGUCGCCGACGCCAACAUUGUCCAGUACUUGGAGAAGAUGCACUACAUCAGCCAGGAGGAGGCCAUCAAGAUCGACCAAGAGCUCUUCUCGGAGUAUGCAUACAGUUUGGACCAGCUCAUGGAGCUGGCGGGCCUCAGUGUAGCCACUGCAGUCGCAAAGUCCUACCCUAAGGCGACUAUGACCAAAGGCGCCACCGUGCUUGUCUGCUGUGGACCUGGCAACAACGGUGGUGAUGGGCUCGUUUGUGCCAGGCACCUCAAGCUUUUUGGUUAUGAACCAUCAGUGUUCUACCCAAAGCAGUCCAACAAGCCUCUGUUCCAGAGCCUGACCAAGCAGUGCCAGGAGAUGGAGGUGCCAUUCCUGUCCUUCCUUCCAGACUCUCAGCUCAUUGCAGACUCCUACAAUGUAGUUGUGGAUGCCCUGUUUGGGUUUAGCUUCAAGCCUCCUGUGCGGCCAGAGUUUGCAGAUGUGCUUGAGAAGAUCAAGAAAGUGAAGAUCCCAGUGGUCAGCGUUGAUAUUCCCUCAGGCUGGGACGUGGAGAAUGGAGGCGACACAGAGGCCCUGCAGCCAGAGUGCUUGGUGUCCUUGACAGCACCAAAACUGUGCAGCCGCAACUUCAAAGGCCGAUGGCACUGGCUAGGAGGCCGCUUCGUGCCACCCGCGCUGGCCGCAAAGUAUGAGCUCAACCUGCCACCAUACCCAGGCACUGAGUGUUGCCUCCUCCUCACACCGCCGACCUCCUCGUGAGGCCUCUGCCACUCACUGAAACAGCAAUUGGGCAACCCUUGCUCCAUCUAUUAUUAUUAUAUUUUUUUUUCUUUGGGCUCAGGAGUUUUAAGAGCUGAACAUUGCAUAAUGGUUCCUUGCAGUAACCACUUCCUCAUUCAGCUGUAACACUUGUAUUGAACCCUUGGAAUUAACUGACCAUGCAUGCAAUUUCUGUCAUAACAUUCAUCAGUGUGGUUCGGUGCAUGUUGUACAUGUGAGAAUGGUUUGUGUCUGACCUGGUUGGUUGCAUAGCGUAAGACGACUUUGGCAGAAAACAUAGAUAAGGACAACGAGACAGGAAAUGUGCUAUGCUCAGGUGACUGCCAGAUGAACAUCUGUACAGUGCAUUGAAACAUAACACAGCAGAACACACUGAGAGCACGAAGCUUGUCAAGCCCAUAAUUAUGUCAUGCAUCAAUGCGUGCAGUAAAUGCUUUGUUGCGAGUUGCUGGAGUGUCCUCUUGUCCUGGUCCAUGUUUUCAGCUGAAAUCAUUUAGCUAUGCUUUACACUUAGCUAUGCUCAUUUCAAGCCAUGUAGUGGGUCUGCUAUUGCAUUCUCAGUGCCAGAGUGCUGUAGAAAGUUAUAAGAACUCUCACUGUCAUGCUCAAAGGCUUUAGGGCACCAGGAGUGCUACAGAGGGCUCACCACAUGACUGAGAAAUGGAUUCUGUGACGUGACUGCUAAAGUGUGCAUUUUUUACUCUACAAGCAAAGUCAUGCUUGAGUAGUUGUUUGAUAUUGUAGGCAAGCAAAACACAAGCACAGUGUACAUUUGCAGCCAAGUAGCAUCAGGCAAAUGUUCUUCCUUGCUGAUUAUCACUUUUUGCAGACUUCCUGUAUUAAGUGUGCAUGUUGUUGCCUAUACUGACUGCGCAGAGUUUAGAAAAGGCUAUUUACUGUCAACAUUGUACUGUCUUACUGUUUCAACCUUUGGUGCCGUUGAGCUCUCAGCAAUGGCCACAUUAAGAAAGAUUCACUGCGUCAAGUUGUACCUGGGCAGUUUCAUUAAUCAACAAGUAGAGAUGUGUGUCUGUUUGUGACACGAGUAAGGAGGUAGCCGAUCGAAGUUGUUGAAUUUGGAGCAGCAGAGUCUUUGUUGUCCGCACGUAAAUGAGAAAAGUUGUUGAGAUAAUUGUUUUGCCUUACUAAAGAAAGUUUGUGUGCAGCUGGUGCAGUUUUAGCAGUGAGCUUAUUCACUGUGUCAAAUGAGCCCAGCUGCACUCUGCGCAGGACCAGCAAAGUUUCAGCAGUUACACACCUAUACCGAACGUCAUUUGGCAAUAUUGAUGAGAGCUGGUAUGUACUUGUGUGCUGCUAUGUGCAAGAAAGAGCAGGUAGGGUAGACUAAACAUUAGCACUGUAUAAUCCUUCCCAUUGAAAGGGCCAUCUAGAAAGGUUCAUCAUUGAAUGAUUAAAUCUCAUGUAAAUGAUUGAAUUUCAUGCAUUCUUCAGUUUCACUGAACUUUGCUGUCUUAGUCAUGUGUUUGGUGCCAGUGAACAAGACUCUCUGUACUGAAGUCCUUUCAUAGAGUUAGGCGUAAGCUAGCACGGGAAAAAAAAAAAAAAAAAAAACAGAGAACUCUGAAGGCAUGUUAUAUGAGCUAUUCAAUGUAAUGAGCAAUUAUUUUUGGAGGUUUCUGAUCCAAAAUGUACAGUUUUCACCAAGAGUUUCACAGCCACUGCUGCGAAUGACAAGAACUGCCACUGGGCUCUACAACAGGUUUCUAAUUGCACGCCCAGUGCUCUGUAGCUCAAAAGUGGGGAGUGCCGUCGAGGUCAAUGUCUGUGGCUUCAGAGAGAAAGUAGUUCUGCAGAGGUUAUUGUACACGGCCCAGUCUUGCCUCUUCUUGUGUGAAGUACCAAAAAACUAGCAACAGUGACUAUACAGUCAGCCUUGAAAGUUUAUGGAGCAUGGGUUUUAAGAAAAAGCUCAAUAUCUGCCAAGUUUGAGCAUGCGGUGUCCUAAGUGAAUGGGAAACUGCAUUGUCGGCACAUACUACUGCAAACCCCAAUUUUCAGUGCCAGGCUGUGUGCACAGGAUUUGUGUAAAUCCAGCUUUCUCACAGGUACUGUGCUCUGUAAACCUCUUCAGCCAACAGUAUUCAAUGAGGGUUACAGUUGGAACAUGUGAUCAAGCUCUUGGGACACUGCACUUAAAAGUUGUGGAGGACAAUGGCUUCAUAAGCUUUACAGCAAUCAUCACACAAUAUGGUCCUCAGCGCAACAUCUGGAGUCAGUGCCAGUCAUGCCUUGGUUGACUUGGGAACCUUUGAAGAUGACUGUACAUUGGUUUAUCUUAUACCCAAGGCAAACUACUGUGCAGUGAUGUUACUGUUUGUGCCAGUGGCGUGUUGUAAUUUUGCUCAGCCUUAAGCCAAGCAUAUAAAUAACUUACAGGCUGGCCACAGAGGCAUGGCACUGGCGUAAUGAUUGUAUUGUGUGUAUCCUUUUGUGCAUGUUUGUUACAAAAAUUCUUUGAAAGUUCAAAGCAGUUGCUGCACUCUGAAUAGGCACUUGUUGUACACAAUGUUUGUAAAGGUGAGCUGUGGGAAGGCGUUUAAAAUUUCCUGCUCUUCUAAAAAAUUGUUUUUCAUUGUGUUUCACAUGUGCCACAAUAGGAACUUCGCCUUGACCUCUCCCUUGUUUGUUUGUGACGUGAUGCGUGUUGAUAGCUUUGCAUAAAUUGUAAGUGCUUUCUGUGUUGCCCAAUAUGCAGAUAAGCAAGCUGUGGUGCCUAAGUUGGUAGACAUCAGACCCAAUAUGCUAAGUGGUGUAACCCAAAAGACUAAUCAGUGCUUACAUUAAGCCACGGUGAGAGCUUCGCUACUUGAGGCACAUCAGGUGGUUGCAGCCCAAUUUAGAAUGCCAAAUAUUACUAUCGCAUAUGUGCCUCAUUUGGAUGCAAGGCCUACAGCACAUGCAUGUACAUGCACAUGGAACUUCAGUCUGUAUACUUGUGGGUGAGCACUUUUUUUUUUUCAUUAAUUUUAUUCACACGUUUUUAUGGAAAGUGUCGUGUAUAUUCUCAGUGGACAGUUGGUGCAGUCAAUGCACUUGUCUUGGUAACAAUUGCCAAAUUUCGACAACUAGGCAGGCUGCCAUGCUCAAGCACAAAUGUACGAAGCCUGUGCUUAGCACACAGAUCUUAAUGUACAACUUUUAUCAAAAGUUUCACAGCCGCUUUAUAAGCAUAAAGGUCUGUUGCCAGGUUCUGUUGCCAGGUUCUGUUGCCGUACUACUUUGGCACAUCAGAAGCUUGGGAGAGCGAUAAGCAGUUUGCGGAGUGUUAAUGACGAUCCUACACAAGCCCCAAUGUACAGCCCAGCCAAGAGUCUAGUCAGGCGCAGCGUCCUUGAAACUUUUGACAAAGGCUGUGCAAUGCCUAGCUUUUGCAGACAAGCGUGCACACUGUAAUUACUGUCACCAGGACACUUGUCCUUACCUUUGUGCUGAGAAAAAUGAAGAGUAUUUUCUCACUAUGGACUGCUUUUGGUGUAUACUGUAGCUACUUCCAUAGUAGGUGUACAGGCGUUGUAUGUGCACAAUCCACUUUUUUUUUUUUUUUUGCUCUAAAAUGUAGGCCAAAUGGCUGUGUGAAACUUGCAAAAGUAGAGUAUGCUCAUCAGCACAGAUCUGCAGUAAAUAUAGGCUCUAGAAGUGUGGUUUUUGAAUUUGCCAUUUACACAGUGUGUGUCACGCAAGUCAGAUUUUAUUGCAAUUGACACAUUUUGUAAAGUCUGCAGUUAUUAGGUUGCGUUUAAUUUUUUUUUGUCUACUUAAAAGAAGUAUAGGAAUUUAGCAUUGUUGUGAUUUACUGCAUUUCUAUGUCUUUUAGGAUACUAGUCUGAGCAGGACAUAUAACUUCACACUUACAUUUGAUGCAUGAAUACAGCUUAACAAGCUCAAUGCUGUAAAAGGUUUCAUGUGCAUGCAGCAUAGUUGUGUGCAGCACUACUGAAAUAGGAAGCCAUAUGUGCUCAACUCUGAUAUGGCAAUGCUUAGCAUCAUUCUACAGGAAUUGUGUGAGCUCUCGGUGCCCUAGGCACAGUUAAAAGGUCACAUGCUGUUAUUGGCUUGUCACUUUCAUGCUUUAGCGAGUGCUUUUCUAGGUAAUGUCCUCAUCACUCUAAUAACAAUUCAAGAGUGCAAUGUAUAAUACAGUGAAAAUGGGAUUACUUCAAAGACUGCUUAAAAUGCAUGGAGCACAAGGUCUGGGUAAUUGCUAAAAUUCUGAACAGGUUUAGACACAUGAAAAUAUUCUUUAACAUGUAGCUGAUGUCAUGUAGAAACUUGUGCAAAUAAAUAAAUAUUGUUUAUGCUAAUAAAUUACUUGGAGCUACAUGAGCCUUCUGUGCCAGGAUUUGAUGUGGCAGUAUUUUAACUACGGCUUAAAACAUUGUUGUAGAAAUGCCACAUUCUAAAGUGAAGAAAGCAGGGCACAGGGCGUAAGUUCCUUGACCUAGGCGUGUCCAUGUAGAAAAUUUUAGGCUGUUACGAGUGCCGGCUGGUUAUGCGUGCUACAAAUGGAGUGAUAAGUUUCAUGUCCCUUUAUAUGUGGACAUUUGCUGAAGCUAUACGGUCAACACACUAUUGUGCAAACACGCAGGGAGGCAGAACUAUUUGGAAAAGUUUGCUAUGCAAAGCAGUGCUAAUAGAAACAUGCAUCAGCUGUCUCGCAAAAGGACAGCUUAGGCUUACAGCUCAAAAAUGCAAUAGCAUAGGUGCUGUAUUCAGUAGAAAGGUAUAGCAAUCUUGUGAAAAAGAAGUCUUUGCUGCUGUGCCUUUAUUGUAGCACUGUAAGAAUGGCAUCACUUGCUGUGUGGAGUAGUGAUGAGCUGACCAUUGCAGCGGACAGCCAGGAAGCCUCGAGCAACAGCAGUUUUUAUAUUUUUCAAGCGUUCUUGAGCACAGUGCAUGUUUUAGGAUGCAGCUGAGCACUCUGUUGCUUACCUAAGCUAAGUAGGAGAAGCAAACGUGCCUACACUAGUAGGGCCAAGAUAGAAUUUUGUCAUUUCGAUUGCACACGAUACAGUAUGCAGUGUUGACUUGGAGGAGCUUCCAAAUUUUAAAACCUGAUGCUUGCUGCUUGUAUGUCUGGUUAAAUUAUCAUUGAUGUCAUAAUUGGAGGCCUGUGUGUAUUGAUUAUAAUCCCAUUUGCAUCACCCACUGACAAUGCCCAUGCCUAGGCCUACUUCUAACACUUUUCCUUGUGUUAAUCACUGGCUGGCUAGCACAGAAGCCACGUAUAGAAUUAACACUUUUACAAUCUGUAGUGUGCAGUAAUGCAUCUGGCGCUUGUAGUUAAGUGGCCGAGUCAAAAUUAAAACAUGCUGUUGUCUGUACUAGAGUUGGGCUAUUUCGCAUGCACUCCCCUGAGCAAAAGUACAUGGAUCAGGGAUCCCGCAAUAAAGCGGAUUUUCUUCUCCGUCUAUGAAUGCAACUUGUAAUUCAUGACUGCAGUCCAGCUUGGCAUUGCAAACACCCCAGUGCACUCGUAAAUUUUAGUUUGUGCAUCUGAAUUACGAAGAAAUUCAAAUUCAGUGUUUUCAGGAGAAUCUGCAGUCCAUAUACUUUUACUCACAGGUGUACAACGAACAGGUGGUGGCGUACACACAACAAACACAAGGAACAUGCAGGCAUAAUGUCUGAAUGUGUGCCUUUCUUGUGUUUAUCGGGCUUGGUCCACCAAUAUUUCUCAGAUUUUGUUAUCUUCAAGAGUAGUCAUCAGAAGAAUUCAACUGGUGUCAGAAUCUGGCAGUAAGAAAUUAACAUAAACAGCUGUGCACAGUCGGAGCUCUCUAAAAUUUGGUCUUCAAUAGACCAAAUUCAAUAUUUAUAAAGCAAUGCAGUAUGCAAAUGCAAUAUUUAUAAAGCACAAUCACGGGAGCGCCUUUCUUAAGUCCCAGUUCCUGUGCAAAUCACAGCGUCUUAAGAUUCUUUGUGGCAGUUUCAACUAGAUUCAGUUUCCUUUUCAACUAUAAAAAUUUUUCUCAAAGAUGAUUUUUGCAGUGCAGGACCGAUGUAUAUUGCAACAGAUUUACAUACUUGCUGCUGCGCAGUAAGGAUAUCCAGUGCAAACAAACUGCAGGCAUAGGUAAACAGUACAAACAAAACUGCCACAGACUUGUACAAACAAAUGACGGUAACUUGGCAAUCACUCAUGCCGACUUGGGCUUACACUUUAAGUAGCACCCACAUGAACUUGGCUCGACAUUCAGACUCAAACUUCAAAGUUUGAAUGAGUGGACUAAUUACUACUACUUGGCCCGCCUAUGAUUACAAGCAACUAAUAAUACAGUGAAUGUGUUAAAUGUUGCCAGGAUGUGCAUGUCACUGUCCACUUAUACCACGAAGUUGUACCAGUUCCGUUGUUUUGAAGCAAGGAUAUACUGACUUGACAGUGCUAGUAUCAAUAUAGGAAGUAGCCACAAUUUUGCCAAACACCUGUUGCAACUUCUCUCCCGCAUGGUCUGCUUGCGUGUCUGUGAUUGCUGGAUAAGUUUUUCUCCCCAUUUCUCAGCUUGUAAUGCGUUUUUAAUAAUGUGUCACCGGCUGCUGCACUUUUAAUAUUUUUACGUCUGCUACCUUGACUGACUUUUCCAUCUCUAUGCCAAACUUCUUUGGCACCUCAUGUAACCCUCAGCGAAAUAGAAGUGUUAGCACUGCUCAAUGUAUCGCACUGAGAAAAAAAAGAAAAGAGAACCUUGGGCAGAAUUACAAUUGGAGAUGACUGACAUCUUUAUGAUUUUUACACUUCCUUCCAUUAUGCUUAUAUGUGCGGUGGAAAAGGAAGAAUAAAAACUCUCACAUUGGUA